GUGGUCAUGACGGCUUCGCACAGUGACUCUUUGGUGGUGUUGUUUGGGGCAACAGCUGGUGCAUAUGGGGCUAAACUGGGUUCGGAUGAGAGGGAACUAAUUCUCUUGGUGUGGCAAGUUGUGGAUCUACACAGCAAGAAGGUAGGGACAUUGCACAAAUCCCUGGUAAAAGCAGACAAUUUGGAGCUAAGUGACCAAUGUCGAGAAGUGAGUGGCUUAACACCAGAGGGACUGAGCAAAGCUGAGCCUCUGGACCGAGUUCUCCAACAGUUCAGCCAGCUGGUCGCCAGUGAUUUGAAGUUAUUGGGAAGAAGCUCUUACACACUCUGCACAGAUGGCCAGUUGCUCAUUCGGCAGGUCCUCCAUCCAGAAGCAUCCAAAAAGAACUUCCUGCUGUCAGACUGCUUUUAUUCAUUUUAUGAUCUACGCAAGGAGUUUCACACGUGCUACCCCAAUUCAGCCCCCGUGAAGGAUCAAACUAUCAAAUCUAUGGCAGAGUAUAUAGGCUUAGAGACAGAUGAAACAGAGGAGGACUUUGGUGUAUGGCAAGUGAAAACCAUGGUGGCUAUUAUUUUCAGCAUGCUUUCUGAAACCUGCAUUACAGAUUGCAGAUUUACUGACCCUGAAACUGUGAAAUACAAGUAUGAAACAGGUCCCUGUAGUAAAUCUGAAGCAGUAGACAGUGAAACAGUAAUACGUGCUAGAGGUUUGCCCUGGCAGUCUUCAGAUCAAGAUAUUGCCCGUUUUUUCAAAGGACUCAAUAUUGCCAAAGGCGGUGUUGCCCUUUGCCUGAAUGCUCAAGGAAGGCGAAAUGGGGAAGCCCUAGUGCGAUUUGUCAACCCGGAACAGAGAGAUUUGGCACUGGAAAGACAUAAGCAUCACAUGGGUAGCAGAUACAUUGAGGUUUACAAAGCAACUGGAGAAGAAUUUUUAAAGAUUGCUGGAGGCACCUCCAAUGAAGUAGCCCAAUUCUUGUCCAAGGAGAAUCAAGUCAUCAUCCGGAUGAGGGGCCUUCCUUUCACAGCCACUCUGGAGGAUGUCUUGGGGUUCUUGGGGCCUGAGUGUCCAGUCACAGGAGGGAAAGAGGGACUUCUCUUUGUCAAGUACCCAGAUGGCAGACCCACGGGAGAUGCAUUUGUGUUGUUUUCCUGUGAAGAAUAUGCACAGAAUGCACUUAAAAAGCACAAGGAGAUCCUUGGAAAACGUUACAUUGAACUCUUCAGGAGCACAGCAGCAGAAGUCCAGCAGGUGCUUAACAGAUACUUGUCAACACCUCUCAUCCCCACUCUUCCAACUCCCAUCAUUCCGGUCAUCCCCCCGCCUUACACCAUUGCUGCUGGCAGCAUCCGUGACUGUGUCCGGCUCCGAGGCCUUCCUUACACAGCUGGCAUUGAUGACAUCCUGGAAUUCAUGGGUGAUGCGACAGCAGAUAUCAAACCACAUGGAGUCCACAUGGUCCUUAAUCAACAGGGACGACCAUCAGGUGAUGCUUUUAUCCAAAUGAAAUCUUCUGAUAGAGCCUUUUUGGUGGCCCAGAAGUGUCACAAGAAAAUGAUGAAGGACCGCUACGUGGAAGUGUUCCAGUGUUCAGGAGAGGAGAUGAACUUUGUUUUAAUGGGUGGCACUUUAAAUCGUAGUGGCUUAUCCCCACCGCCAUGUAAGUUACCAUGUCUUUCUCCACCAGCGUAUGCUGCUUUCCAAACAGCCGCAGCAGUGAUCCCAGCAGAAGCAGCACUUUACCAGCCACAAGCCCUGUUAUCAACCACCAGGACUCCCCAGGCGUCGGCUGCUGCCCCUCCAACCGUUACCUACUACCCGGCUCAAGCUGCUCAGCUUUAUAUGAACUACACGGCUUACUAUCCCAGUCCUCCAGUAUCGCCUACCACGGUGGGGUAUAUUGCAGCUCCUCCUGCCGCUGUAGCAGCUGCUGCCUCAGCCACACACACUCCAAUGCUGCCCCAGCCUGGAGCUUUAGUUCGUAUGCAGGGCUUGCCUUAUAACACAGGAAUGAAGGAAAUUCUCAGUUUCUUCCAGGGAUACCAGCUCCACACAGAUUCCAUUCUCGUGCUUUACAACUUUAGUGGCCAGCCCAGUGGAGAAGCGUUGGUGACUUUUCCAAGCUUGGACCUGGCUAAGAAAGCAGUGGCUGAGAAAAAUGGACGGCUCCUGGGAAGUCGCUAUAUAGAACUCUAUCUGGUCUAA